CCCAAAUACAGAGAGUGGGGCUGGGAGGCUGUGCAGGCCUUGGAGAAGCACUGCAGAGUAGAAGGAGGCUACAGCGGCGUCAGAGACGUCUAUGCUUCAUCGCCGAACCACGACGACGUGCAGCAGAGCUUUUACUUAGCCGAGACGCUAAAGUAUCUGUACCUGCUGUUCUCUGACGACGACCACCUCCCGUUCGAUCACUGGGUGUUCAACACGGAGGCCCACCCCCUGCCCGUCAUCAGGAAGGAUCAAACGGACCGACCCAACGAGGUGGAGUAGUGGACCGGAACCUCUCAUCCUGUACAUCUGAGCCUUCAGCUGUUUGUCUGCAACAGGAAGUGGCUGCAGAUUUCUCCUGAUCACAUUUUCUUUUCUUUUCUUUUUUUAAAUGUUUUAAGUUUCGGAUCACUGAGGUGAAUUUCGCUCUGUGGAUCCACUGUUGUUGUUUAAAGCCAGAAAAAAGUGUCGGCUGUUGGAAACUCAGGUUUGUGUUCAGAGACCAGAACCUGCAGACGAUCAGCUGCUGGGUCCGUUUUCUUCUUGUUUCUGUGAGGGAGAAACCAGCCGAUCUGUAAACGAACAAACUUUACUUCACCUCGUUUUGUUUUUUUCACCUGAAUUCGAGCCAGUUUUGUUGAAAAAGUUUGGAUUUGCUGUUUUUCUCAGUGUGUGUGUGUCUGUGGGAGGUGAAGGGAACGACGCAGCACAAGCAGAACUUCUGUAAACUUUGGGAGCUCCUCUCCUUCCUCAGAGCGAGCAGUCGCAGCGUUUUUCUACCUGCCGCUUGUUUCACCUUCUCAUGUUUACACACAGCGACUCUUUGCCCCGCCCACUUUUUCAUCCRGUCAUUUCCACCGGAGCGCGGGGUUUUAAGCUGAGCGUUUGUCCAAAUCUUUCUCUCUAGUUUUGUUAAUUUUCUUUACAAAGAACUCGUUUGCACAUUCCCUUUUGUUUACUGUCUGUGACCCAGAGUCUGGGUUUCACGUCCUCGGCUGCAGGAUCUUCUCUCCUCUGUGAGGACUCACCUUCACCCCCACAGAAAGCCAUACUGACCUGUUGUUUUGGUCCACAUUCAGACUAAAGGUGUGUUUUUGUGUCGCUCUUUCRGUUUUAUUUAUUUUUAUUUUUUUCUUCCAAAGUUGAAAGAUUUCUCCUGACGCCAGGAUUGAGUCCAGUUUUAGUCUUGGAUUUAGUGCCUUCACUGAUGAAGAGGAGUGUGACGGAGAGGCAGCUCGCACAAAAACACCGAGGAGAAUAUUCACUUCCUUCAGCUUUAAGUAAGUUCCCGUGUCUCUGAUGAGGAUUAGACCAAAACUAGACGUGGAUUAAAGGAUUACUUCGA